AUGGGUAUUUUAGAAAAGAUAUCAGAAAUCGAAAAAGAGAUUGCCCGAACUCAGAAGAACAAAGCAACUGAAUAUCACUUAGGUUUAUUGAAAGCAAAGCUUGCAAAAUAUCGUUCCCAAUUACUAGAACCGUCUAAGAAAGGGGGUGACAAAGGGGAAGGUUUUGAUGUACUCAAGUCAGGUGAUGCCCGUGUGGCACUUAUUGGCUUUCCAUCUGUUGGUAAAUCAACACUCCUAUCUACUUUAACACAUACACACUCUGAGGCAGCGAGUUAUGAGUUUACAACAUUGACAUGCAUCCCUGGUGUUAUUGAGUAUAGAGGAGCCAACAUACAGUUGCUUGAUUUGCCAGGAAUCAUUGAAGGUGCUGCGCAGGGCAAGGGUAGAGGAAGACAGGUUAUAGCAGUGGCACGGACAGCUGACCUGGUACUCAUGAUGUUGGACGCCACGAAGCCUUAUGUGCAUCGCCAGCUGCUCGAACGAGAAUUGGAGAGUGUUGGCAUAAGGCUUAAUAAAAAUAAGCCAAAUAUUUACUUUAAGGUGAAAAAAGGUGGCGGUUUAUCUUUCAAUUCAACGUGUCAACUUACAAAAGUGGACGAGAAAAUGGUGCAAAUGAUUCUUCAUGAAUAUAAAAUAUUCAAUGCUGAGGUGCUGUUCCGCGAGGACUGCUCGGCGGAUGACCUGAUCGACGUGAUCCUGGCGAAUCGCGUGUAUUUACCCUGCAUCUACGUGUACAACAAAAUCGAUCAGAUCUCCAUACAAGAGGUGGAUAGGAUAGCACGCGAGCCACACUCUGUUGUUGUCAGUUGUAACAUGAAGCUAAACCUCGACUACUUACUAGAGAUUCUGUGGGAGUAUCUUUCCCUCAUUCGCGUCUACACCAAAAAACCGGGACAACCACCAGACUUCGACGAAGGACUUAUAUUGAGAAAGGGCGUGAGUAUCGAACACGUGUGCCACUCGAUUCAUCGGUCGUUGGCGGCCCAGCUCAAGUACGCGCUGGUGUGGGGCACCAGCACCAAGUACUCACCACAGCGUGUCGGCGUCUCGCACGUCGUUAACGACGAGGACGUCGUGCAGCUCAUCAAGAAGUAG